AUGGAUGUCUUACCAGCGUACCCCAAUAAUCACGGGGUGGACAAGAAAGAGGAUGAAUUCGAUGCAGAUGCCGAGAAGAGGGAUAUCAUGGCUGGCCAAGUCCAGGAUGCAUUCGGAAGUGAAGAGGAUGCUGAGAUCAAGUACAAAACCUUGACAUGGUGUUAUGAUUUGCGAAUCUGUUUCCUUGGGAGUGUUGUCUCUGCCAGCAGCCGUGGCCACGUUGGGUUUCGUCCCGGGUGUUAUCUUGAUCAUCGGUCUCGGCCUUCUCGCGUUAUACACAGGCUACAAUAUUGGAUUGUUUCGCCAGCGCUAUCCUCACAUUCAGAGUCUGGCAGAUGCCGGAGAAAUUUUGCUCGGCCGUUUUGGGCGUGA